AUGAAACGCAAAAGAAAUUCUGAAAAUGAAGAAAAACCUUUAAAACCUUUCUGGGAUAAUCGUUGUAAAACUAUCUCCAUCGACUCUUGGUUACUAGAUGAUCCUGACAUCAUCGAGGAAUGUAAUCCAAAUUAUUCGGAGUCCGAAACACACGCAAGCUCAUGGUUCAAGAUUAUCGAAGAAAGAAUUUUGUAUGAAAAGGAUAUCUCAUUUUUGAAAGACAUUGAACUCGAAAAAAAUCAAAGUCAAAAAAAAACGUCAAACGAUUCGGUAAAGAAAAAGAAACAGAAGAGACCAAGACCAGAAAGAUACGAUUUUAUCCAACUGAAGAGGAAAGAAAAAUCCUUACAGAAUGGUCGAAUACUUGUAGAUUCAUCUAUAAUCGAUGUUUGGAUUAUAUCAAUGAAGAAUGAGAAUUACGAGAACACCGAAUUACAUUUGGUUCUGGAUUUACCGUACGAUACUCGUGGGUCUGUUGUUAUGGAAUUCCUUAAAAAUUUCAAGACUUGUAUCAAGGUCUUUAAGACUAAAAAGAUUAAGUUUGAAAUGAAAUUCAAAUCCAAGAAGAGAAUGUUUAAACAAACAAUCCCGAUUCUUCACAGAGAUUUCAAUAGAUCUGGUGUUUGUUCUUUCCUCAAAGACAUCAUCACUAGUGAACCGCUUCCAAAGAUCGAACAUGACUUCGAAAUCAUGCACAACAAAUUGGGAGAAUGGUAUUUCCUCAUCCCGGUUUCUAUUGGCAAACGUAAAUCGAAAAAAGGAAUUGUCGCUCUUGAUCCUGGUGUUCGCACAUUCAUGACAGGAUACGACCCUUCGGGUCGAGUUUUUCAUUAUGGUGUUAACGAUAUUGAUAAAAUAUCACGACUUUGUGUAAAAUACGAUAAGUACCAAUCUGAUAGAGAUCGGGCCUUGGGAAGAAUUAACAAACGAAAGAGAUUCAAACUUCGAAAAAAGAUGUAUCGAAUCGUUCAAAAGAUUCAUAAUCUCGUCGAUGAGUGCCAUCAUAAGCUGGCAAAAUAUCUCUGCUUUAGUACUUUAAAAUAUUACGCAUAUUAA